AUGAUAAUUUAGGAAUUUACAAGAUAACCCUCAAAACUUAUAUAUUUUUUAGCUCAAUUCUUUAAUGAAUUGUUAGUACUAAAAUGUGGUUUGCUAAUCUAAAAAUAAGACUUUAAAAUUGAAAGCUUAUUUGAAAAAUUCUUGCUAUAUGUAAUUCGACCUUAUACAUACUUUAUUCAUGAAGAAUUAGAGCUCUUAUAUAGUAUAUGGACUUUUGUACUUCUUUAACUCAUAAUAUUGUUUUGGGUUUAUCUUCUUUAUAUUUCAGAUCAUAAAGAGAAAAAAACAUACAUAUAAUUAAUAAAUAAGUUUGAAUCAAGGUCAACUUUACAAUUUUUAUUGAUUUACAUCUGGAAAUUUAGUUUUUUAAUAUUGUCUGAAUUUCUCAGCUUAAUGUUAAUAGAAGGUUGUUUCGUUAUAUUAUUUGAUCAUAACAUUGAUAAUUUAUUUUGUUUGGCUAGUUCCAUCAUAAUGCUAUUUGAAAUAAUGGUUAUUUUAAUGCUUUAAUUGAUAUUUAUGAAUCAAAGCUUAACUUAUAUUCCAAGAUAACUGAACUAAAUAAUUUAACCAACACUUCUAGUUUACUUAAGUAAAUUACUAAAAAUAAUUGUAUUAUGUCUAUUUACUAGUUCAAUAACAAAUAAAUCAAUUAUGGUAUUAGUGAUAUUAAUAUUAAAUGGUUUACUUGAAUUAUAUAUGUUAUUAAUUUUUUCAAUAAAACUGGAUAGAUACUUGGUUAGAUAAAAUGUAUUAAUGCAAUGUUUAAUAAUAUGUAUUUCAAUAUAGCAAAUAAUUAAUGUAUAUAUUGAUUAAGAAUUAUAAUUUUUAUGGAUUAUAGUUUCAAUUUUACUGUAUUAAUCAAUAUAUAUGUAUUAUGUGAAUGAUAACAUUUUGUAGACAACUGAAGACUAAAAUAAUACAACGAAAAUUUAAAGUUAAUUAUUAUAAAAUUAAAAGAAGCUAUAUUAUUAUCAGUAAAUGACUGAAAGUAGAAAUUCAGAAUAUAGAUUGAUAAAUAAGAUUUUUUUAUCACAUCAUUAGAAAACUUGUGUAAAGAAAAUGUGCUAUUGUAAUAAUGAAGAAAUGGUUAUGAUAAAGUUGGAGAGUAUCAUAAUUAAAGAUUUAAUAAAGAAACUUAAAUUAUAAAUCCAAUAAUCUUAAUAAUAAUCAUCAUUAUUUUAUAUUUAAUAUAUUUAACUACUAAUUUAAAAUGGAAAAUGCUUUGAAGCUUUAAAUGUUACCUAAAAAAUACUCAAUUAAUUCAAUAGAAGAACAUAAUAAUUUAAGAAAUCUGUGUAAUUAAUAAAAGGAUAAAUUUCACUUUCGCAUAAAAUUUUAUUUAAAUUACUUUAAUAAUAAAUAUUAAUAUCUAUUAAAUUCUCAAUUUAAAGCAAAUCAACAGGAUCUGCAAAACAUUAAAUUAUAAAAUAGGCUAUAAGAUCAUUAUAACAAAAAGUUGAUUCUGAAAAAAUCUUAUAAGAAUAAUUUAAUUUAAUUUUAAAAGCAAAAAUAGAAUUUUUAGAUGAAGUCUCAAAGAAACCUAAUUUAGAAGUUAAUUUUAUAAAUAAUCAAUCAAUUAAAAUAAUUAAAUAAAUUGAAGAUUUAAAAAAAAGAUUAGUAAAUAAUUUCAAAAUCGUUCCCAGUAUCUUAUUUAUCAUUAAUUUUAGCUCACAAUAACUAAAGUUUGCUUCUAUUUUUUCAAAUAGAGAUAUUGAAUGAUUUGAUAAAUUCAUAAACAAUCAAUACUAUGAAUACUUAGCUUGAUGAUUAAGAGCAAAUAGUCAAUGCAAAUAAUAUUUAUCAAGAAUUUGCAAGUCAAUAUUCUUAUGUUACAUUUAUUUUAAAAGAAGAAGAAGAUAUUGAAUUAGUUCAAGAUAGCACUAAUAGAGCAAUUAAAAUAGGAUCUAAUAAAUAUACUUCAUUUGAAGAAAUGGUACCAUCUUCUUUAGUUUCAGUACAUAAAUACCUUAUGAAAGAUUUUUUUUAAACAGGAUAAAAUAAAUAUUACUUAAAUAUUAGUUAAUCAUUUAUAUAAAUAUAAGUAGGAAUUAUCAGUCCAAUUGAUAUGUGCUUGGAUAUAUCAUUCGAUUUAUAAAUGAAUCAAUUAUUAUCUACAGCAUUUAUUAGAUUAACAACUAAUAAUAUUCUAAUCCAUUAUUUUUUAUUGGAUAGUAAAUUUAAGAUUAGAGAAAUAUCUCAAUUGCUCUAUUAAAAAAUAUUAGAAUAUCCAAUAAAUUCAAAAAUGAUAUUUUUUGAUUAAUCCAUUUUUAAUUUUAUUCCUACUUUAACAGAAAAAGAUUUCCUUCAUGAUAGAACUUUAGGAUUAUAUUAAUUACAAUUUCCAUCUAAUUCAAAUAAAUCACUUACUACUCAUUCAAAAUAUAGUUAAAAAUCUAUUGAAAUAUUUUAAGGUGUAAUUAGUGUGUUAGUGAGAAAGAUUAAUCAAAAAAAUACAUAUUAUAUUGUAGAAAUUACAGAUUUAAAAUCAGAUAAGAAAGGAGUUUAUGAUUCAAUAACAUUAUCAGUUCAAUAAUAAAUUGAUAUAGAUGAAAAAGAGAUUAUUAAUAUUCCAUUCGAUAUUUGUUCAUAACCAGAAUAAAGUAAUUUAAAUUAAGUAGUAUAACAACAAUUAACAUCCCGUUUGGAUUCUUAAAGACCAUUAUUAUUUACAAGUCUAGCUGAAUGUUUAGAUGUUUAAAUAGAUAAUGUAAAAGAUAGCUAAAGUUAAAUUUCAAAUAAAAUUGAGAAUUCAGUAAAUUCAAAAAAAAAAAAAUCUAAAUCAGAAGAAGUAUUAAAAUAAUUUGAUGAUUAAGGAUCAUAAAUAUCAUCAGUAGCAGCAGUUAGAAGAUCUGCCUACUUUAAACAAUUUUAAAUUGUAAAUCAAUUAAUCUUUUCAAAGAUCUUUCCUAUUCAUAUUAAAAUCUUUAAUUUAAUGUAUUUCCUUUAUAUUUUGGCUGGAGUACUCAAUUUAAGUAUACUUAUCCAAUAAGUGCAAAAACUAUAAAAUUAUCAAGACCUUUUAGCUUUAUUGAGUAUUAAGUAUGAUAUUUAUGAACCAAUAGAAUCAUUUUUAAAUACUCGUUACACUAUUGUAAACUUAAAUUAAGCAGUAGCAACAAGAGUUAUAAAUUAAUCUGUAUUUAAUGAAUUAGUAAUUUUUCCAAGGUCAAAUUUAGUCAAAGGAUAUGAUGAUUUAAAAGAAAAUAUCUUUGAUGUAAUUUCAAGAAAAGAAUUUUAGACAUUUCUAAAAGAUAGAUAUUUUGAUAGUAUUUGGUAUAUUUCUUCUAACAAAGGUAGUGAUAAGAAUAUUACAUUUAGAAGUGGAAUAUUGGCAUUGUUGAAUUAUUAGUAUGAUUUCAAAUUAGCUUACACAAUUAAAACAUUAUAGACAGACGGACCUUAUUUCUAUUAUUCAUAUAAGAAUUAUAUUCCACUCUAUACAAUCUUUACAUAAUUAAAUUCAGAUAUCUUAGAUUAAUUAACAAAUUCAUUAUCCGAUUAAUCAGAUUAACUUACAAUGAUAUCAGCUCCAUUUAAUGUAUUCUUAGGAAUAGUCUCUAUAAUUUAUUAUAUUUACUUAAUAAGAUAAAGAAGAUUAAAAAAUAAAUUGUUAAGUUUGCUUUAUCAAUAAGAUAAUGAAAUUGUUGCUCAUGAAGUUCAACGAUUGAAAUAAUUAUAAACUUAAAUUAAUAAUAAUUAUAGCUCUUUAUAUCAAUAUGCACUUGAUGUUUAAAGUUUUGAUGAUAAUUUAAAAAAAUAAGAAGGAGAAUUCUUUAGAUUAAUGAAUAAAAAAGGAAAUCGAACAUCAGGUCUACGAAAAAAUAGAUAAAUUAAGAUUUAUAAUUUUAUGUAAUUGGGAAUACUUUUAAUUAAUAUAAUUGUUCUAUAAUUGUUAUACUACAUAACAAUCAGUUCUCUUGAUUCCUAUUUAUCCAAGUCAAAAAAUACAGGAUAAAUCUAUGAAUCUCUUUCUAAUACUGGAGUAGAUGUUCUUAUCAUUUAUGCAUAAAGAGAAGUAUUAUACAGAGCAGCUUUAAUUCCAUUUUUUACUCCACAAGAUAUAGAUGAUUUAAGAGUUCAAAUAAAUAAUAGUCUAGAAUCAAUUUAAAAAUUCAGUGGAUAACUAUUAUAACUAAACCAAAAUGAUUAUUUGUUAGAUGAUUCAUCCUUAGAAUUAUUUGAUAAAGUUAGUUCUUCAUCUUUAUGCAACUAUUUGCCAGAUGUAAAUUAUUUUCAUAUUUUUUAAGGUAUACUCAAAUGUUUCAACUACUCUUUGUCCCUAGGUUUUAUCUGGAGUAUUAAGUUAAGGAUUGAUAUCAACUCUAAAUGUUAUGUAUAACUCAAUUAAUUCUGAAAAACAAUUAAAUAAUUUUACUAACAGAUCUAAUGCACAAGUUCCCGUAAGAGAAUUGGAAGGAGCUACAUUUACUGCAAAAGUUAUCAAAGAAUUAGUCCAAAAACUCUAUUAAAAUCUUUAUAAUUACACAAAUGAAAUAAGAUCCAAUUUUACAGUAAAAUGUUAAAUUUAUCUUUAGAUUAUAUAUAUCUGUGGAAUUUUUAUAUAACUAAUAUUUGGAUUUAGUAUAUUAUAGAAAAUAAGUGCAUAUGAAAAAGAAUAAAUGAAUGAUUUACGUAAGGUUGUCUAUCUAUUGCCCUAAUCAACACUUUUAUUUGAUGAUUCAUUCUAAAGAUAAAUCAAGAUACUAAUAAAAUAAGGAUAGUUAGUUUGA